AUGUCUCGAUCCACAGACUUGGCUGAGCUUGGGAGCCAUUUACUGGAAAACGGCCCUCGCAAGGUUAUUCCUGCCCCGCGGCGCAUCCGGGUCAUUUACAACCGGACCGUCAUUGUCGACUCGACCAAGGGCUCGCUCGUCUGGGAGCACGACUACUACCCUCAUCUGUACUUUCCCGCGUCGGAAAUUCACAAUUGCACCCUCAGGAAUAGACAGCCGAUCAAAAGUGAUGGUAUUAUCCGCGCCAGCGUGGCGGAGCUGCACGUCGCCGCCGACGAGAGCCGCAAGAUCCCUGCCGCUGUAACCGAUCGCGUCGUGCGCUUCACCGAUGACCGGGGUCUCGGCGCGCUGACGGGUCUCGUGCGGCUGGAAUUCAAAGCCAUGGACCAAUGGCUAGAGGAAGACGUUCCCAUCUACGUCCAUCCCAAGGAUCCCUCGAAGCGCAUCGAGGUGCUGCCGUCCAGCCGCCGCAUCGAGGUGCGCGUCGACGGCAAGACGGUGGCCAAGUCGGGCUUCUCGAUGCACCUCCACGAGCCGCGGCUGCCGACGCGGUACUACCUGCCCAUGGGCUGCCUGGACCAGACGGUGCUGCGGCGCAGCGAGCUCGUGACCAAGUGCCCGUACAAGGGCGACGCUGACUAUUACGACGUCGUCAUUGGCGGCGUCGAGUACCCCAACAUUGUGUGGUAUUAUCGUUACCCGGCGCUCGAGUGCGGCGCGCUGGCGGGCAUGGCCUGCUUUUACAACGAAAAGGUGGACAUUUUGCUCGACGGCCAGCUGCUGGAGCGUCCGUCUAUGCCAAGGUAG